UUUGGGGGACUAGGCUGUCCAGCCUACUUUACGGUUGGAUCUCGUAAUUCUCAACUCGGUGUCGUCAAGUACUAUAUGGUUCACAACCACGAAGGGUAUUCUGAAAUUGAAGCUGCAGAUAUAUUAUCGGAACAAUGUAUGACUGAGGAGGAUGAUGCUGGUGCUGGUGUCGAUUGUACAGCAAUAUUUUUGGAUGUAUUCAAGGACACCAUGUUUGAGAGUUUUGCGGAACUGCAAACCAAAAUGGAUGAAUUCCAGCGUAUUACUGGUUCUCUCUAUGGAAAGCGAAACACUAAACGCUUUCCGGCUGAAUCUCCUUACGCUACCACCUUGGUUUACAAGUCCUUCGCUUAUGAAUGUUAUCACUACGGUACCCAUAACUGUGAUGCAUCUAUUCAGCGAGUUCGAAGAUCCGCUAAGAUCGGCUGUCGCUCGAGAAUUCACGUCAGCUGCUAUCGCAACAAACUCAAAAUUGUGCGUUUUGAUGUGAAACACAAUCACGAUGUUGCACCAGAACACGCCAAAGCCUACCCUCGGAACCGACGGCUAACACAAUCGCAAUUGGCCAUCGUAGAGAGUAUGUUCCAAACCAAUCAGGAUAGCCAUGCGAUAAAGGACUUUAUUGAGAGUAGGUUCAAUAAAUUCCCAUCUCUAAAAUCUUAUUCUUAG